AUGUCUCACUCCGAUCAACAACUUGAUGCCCCCGCUCAGUCCCUUCAUGCAAUCAAUUUUACCUUGCCUGAAUUCUGGCAACACGCUACAGAACUUUACUUCAUCCGCAUAGAAUCAGCCUUUUAUUCUGCCAACGUUACCAAGGAGCUAGCAAAAUACCACAAACUUGUGGAGGUCCUCCCCGCUAGUGUCAUUUCUCAAGUUCAGUCCUUGCUAGCUGAUCCUCCUGCAGAUGCUCCCUACUCCGCGUUAAAGGCAGAAAUCCUCCGACUUAAUUCUGUGUCUGACCGACAGAGGUAUCACCAGUUAAUUAAGGAGGAGUCACUGGGUGACCGGAAGCCUUCAGAGCUUCUACGUCGAAUGCGAUCUCUCCUUGGAGACAUGCAAAUUGACGAUAAAUUUGUCAAGGAUACGUUCCUAGAGCGUCUGCCCGCAGAUGUUCAAACGAUUCUGGCAUCUGGUUCUCAGGAUUUUACGCUAUCACAGCUGGCGGAGAUGGCGGAUCGAAUGAUAGAAGUGCAACGGUUCCAGUCACCUUCCGUUGCCAAGAUCUCCUCAUCUUCAUCGUCACUGAAUGAAAAUCUAGUGAAACAGGUGUCGGCCAUGGCGGAUGAGAUGGCCUCUCUUAAAAUACAGCUCGCCCGCCUAACUUCAAGUCGCUCACGCAGUCGUCGUCGUUCUCGUUCGCGACCUCGGACUGCUGAUACUUGCUGGUACCACACUAAUUUCGGCGUAAAGGCCCGUCGCUGUUCCUCACCUUGCUCUUUUAGUCCAAAACAGGGAAACCAGUCAGCCAGAGAAUAGAUGCGACCGUUUUCUAUGGCUCUUCCGGCUCUGGUCGCACCAUAUAUGUUUGCGACAUUGCGACUCGCAGACGUUUUCUGGUGGACACUGGAGCUCAAAUCAGUGUUGUUCCCCCAACUGCAGCUGAUCGUCGUUUCCCUAGUCCUGGUCUUCAUCUUCAAGCUGCUAACUGUUCCUCAAUUCCCACUUUUGGCAGUCUGUCCCUCACCCUGAACAUUGGCCUUCGUCGGUCAUUUACUUUGAUCUUUGUGAUUGCUGAUGUCCCUCAUGCAAUCCUCGGCUCGGAUUUCCCUGCCGAAUUCGAUCUCCUUGUUGACUGCCGACGUGCCCGUCUCCUCGACCGCACUACCGGUCUGUUUGUCCGUGGACUAACUCCAUUUACUGCCCCCAUCAACUUAUCUGUCCUGGAUGCAGAUAUUGGUAGUCCUUUUCGGCAACUGCUGCUUAGCCACCCCAACAUAGUUAAACCCCAGUUUCGCAGUGGUGAGGUUCAGCUUGAUGUUGUGCACCAUAUCCACACCUCAGGCCCUCCCGUGUUUGCUCGACCGAGACGACUAGCACCGGAGCGUUUUCAGACCGCGAAGGCGGAGUCUGAACACAUGCUGCAACUGGGAAUAAUUCGACCGUCCGAGAGCCCUUGGGCGUCCCCACUGCACAUGGUGCUCAAGGCAACAUCAGGCGACUGGAGACCCUGUGGCGAUUAUCGUGCCCUCAACAGCGCCACCAUUCCUGAUCGGUACCCCGUGCCUCAUCUUCAGGACUUUGCUGGAGCCCUUUUCGGCAAAAGCGGUUUUCUCGAAGAUUGA